CUUCUCACCCAGAUGUACUUCGUUCAUUCAUUCUCAACAAUGGAGUCUGGAAUGCUUGCCGCCAUGGCUUUUGAUCGCUACGUGGCCAUCUGCAAUCCUCUGAGAUAUUCCACAACCCUGACAAACUCUACUGUGGCCAAGAUAGGCUUGGCCGUGGUGCUGCGUAGUGGCAUACUCACAUUACCCUAUCCCUUUCUGGUGAGGCGGUGGCCAUAUUGCAGAACCAACAUCAUCCCCCACUUCUAUUGUGGGCAUAUAGCCGUGGUGAAACUGGCCUGCGCUGACAUCCACAUCAAUAGUUACUAUGGACUUUUUAAUCUUUUCUCUGUGAUAGGAGUGGAUGUGUUUUUUAUCGCCGUGUCCUAUACUCUGAUCCUCCGGGCCAUCUUCCACCUCCCCACAAAGGAUGCCCGGCUCAAAACUUUUGGGACCUGCAUCUCUCAUCUUUGUGCCAUCUCAGCUUUGUACAUCCCAGAUUUAUUCUCCUCUCUCAUGCUGAGGUUUGGUCACAAUGUGCCACUGCAUGUCCUCAUUCUUAUUACCAGUGUGUACCAGCUGGUGCCCCCCAUGAUACACCCCAUCAUUUAUGGCAUGAAGACCAAACAGAUCUGGGACAGACUGCUCCAGCUCUUUACUCAUAAGGAUGACUAA